UUGACAAGAUUUAGACUACGAAAUCAAAACAAUAUAAAAAAAUAUUGAAUAUUAGAUUUAGAUUUUAGAUCUCUCAUCUAGUCUAGACUCUGGACUUCUAGAGUCGUCUAGAAUCUAGAUUUAAUACUAAAUGUAGACUAGAUCAAGAUUUAGUCUACAAUUAAUACAUUUAGGACCUAGAUUUAGAUUUCUAGAUCUACGUAACAUAGUCAUGAUAGUGUCUAAAGUAGAUCAAGUUUCCCUUUGGACCAAAGGAGGCCAAGCUUAGUGGUAGCUUGGAAUGAGUCAAGUAUAACCGAGAUGAUCAGAAGGUACACUGUAUUCUAAUUGUCUACACCAGUGCCUCCCAAACUGUUUCUUUUACAGAACACUUUGCACAAUCAGAGAAUUUAAGAGAAGCAGUUUAGCAGUUUGCUAAUUUUUUAGCAAUGAAUGGAAACAUGGAGUUGACCUUACACCAGACACAAGUUGGUAAUAUCUGAAACAUCUUUGUGAAAGAAUAUACUCUCGGUGGUUGAUAUUUUUUGAAAAUGGCAGGAGCACUAGUGACCCCUGAAAGCAGUUACAUUCUUAUAGGAACUGUCCUUGUAGCCCAUUGGACAUGUGCCAUGUCUAUGGUUUUCAUCAACAAGGCACUAGUGUCCGGCAGGGCACCAUCCGCAGAUAUUUCCUUGUUCAUUGUCUGGAUACAGAACCUCAUUGGAGUAGCUCUGAUCCAAGUGAUCAACCUUGGCACCAUUAUUGUGGGGGGUACCUGGGAGCGAGCAAAGUGGGAUCUGUCCACCCUUCUACACCCCGACAUGAUCAUGUCUUCCGUGACCUUCACCGGCACCUUGGUGUUCAACAAUUUAAUGCUUAAGUACAUCAGCGUGGCCUUUUACCAGGUGGCCAGGUCGCUGACGCUUAUCUUCGUCAUCACCUUCAGCAUGAUCAUCCUGCAGGAGAAGAUCACCUCCAGGGUCGUUGUGGCCAGCCUCUUCAUUGUCAUGGGAUUCUACAUUGGCGUGGAUCAGGAAAUGUUGUCCACGGGCGUCAAUCCCUUAGGCAUCAUGUACGCCGUCGUUGCCAGUCUUCUGGCUGCCUUGUGUGGAAUAUUUUUUAAAAGAGUACAGAAGAAAAAAAUGCUAUCCUCGGUACAGUUGACGUUUAACAAUUGUCUCAUCAGCAGUUUGGGUCUGACCCCUUUGAUAUUCUCUACAUCGCAGCUUAACAAUUUUCUUUACUCGUCCAUGUCAGAAGAUCUUACGGCCAGGAUGCUGCUCUUCCUGUCUGGCAUAAUGAGCUUGUCCAUGGGCUGGCUCAGCGCCUUACAGAUCUCCCUCACCUCGCCUCUGACUCACAACAUCAGCAUCAACGCCAAAUCUCUCUUUCAGACGGUCCUCGCUGUUAUAUGGAGUGGAGAAAGUAGAGCUUGGCUGUGGUGGCUGGGCAAUGGGCUGGUAAUGACAGGCAUCGCCACCUACACUGCACACAAACUUAAUCCCCAGACUAGGGCAUCUUUGAAUAUGGACGUGGAGAUCCAGGCACCACAUCCAACGAACCGAAAUAAAUAAUAGCCAAUCAAAUUACUUAUCCCAGAAAAAAGAUUCCUAUUAAAUUUUGUGAUCUUUAUGAUGUGAUUUAUAUAUUUUGUAUAUAAAUAUAUUGAAAUUAUUGCCAGCAAAGAAAAAAAUUAUCAGAAAUAUGACAAUUUUUUACAUGUUAUUUUAAAGUAAAAAUAAAAAAGAGCAUGUAAAGCCCUUUAUUUAUUUUAUUUUUUUGUUCAAAUCCUAGAAUUUAUUUUUUAGAUCACUCUUCUAUAGAACAUUACUAUACUUUUAGAUUACUACAAUAGUUUUUUAUAUACUCAACUAAAGGUAGCAUUUGUAGGUUUUUAUUUUUUAAUAAAGUUGAUUCUUUUGUUUCAUGUCUUCUUUGAGGUACAUUCUUAAAGUGACUUCAAGUUGGCAAUGUAGUGAAAAGAAAAGCAUUUUGUAAUUAAAGAGGUAUUUGUUUAUAUUUAAAAUUGUCCAAGAGCUGCUUCUCAUGGGUUGAAGUAAGCACUGCCUGUCUGCAGAAAUAUUUGUCUGAUUAUAGAGUGGCAGCCAAUUAUUAUUUUUUGUUUUUCAAGUUCAGCUUUUGCUAAGAGGCUUUUUUUUUCUUCUGUAGAUCAUGGAAUUAUUCAGCCCAUGUUAGUACCGUAGUUUUGCGCAUAUAACCUUGGGUUAUACAAGCGUUUACUAACAAUUGGCAGCAGUGCGGGGGUGUACAAAGGUGUAGGGUUUACAAAAUUUAUUUUACUCAUAAACAUAGUAUAUGGAAACUAGGGACAUUCCAUUGGGUUUUUAUACUUCCUAUAGUUCCCUGUGUACAGAUAUGACCUAUACUUAUAUUUAACUUGCAUGUUGCACUCUUAUGUAUCACAUGUAGGAACAACUGGAGCAUGAUAGCGUUUCGUGGGAUAGACUCUUAUGAGCAACAACUUUAUGUACCAGUAGUUUAUGGCAAGUUAGGUGCAGCUUGUACGUUUUUGUUUUUACUUAUUUUGUAAUUUGUGCAGGGUAUACGCUUAUGCGGGUUAUAUGCGUGAAAAUACGGUAACCAAUAUUAGUAGCGUACACCACCCCUUCCUAAAUCCUAGAAUCUUUCUUCAUUUAGCCGUUAGAUACCUUUGAAUCUCAUCAUGAAUUUUUUUGUAUAGCAAAUGACAGUUAGUGUUGAGCGAAGUGAUACAAAGAUAGCUAAGGUUUUACAAAUGAGAUCAACCAAACUUUGCCACAUUAUCAAAAAAAUGAUUUAAAGUAACAACACAGGCUUAUAACUGAAAAACAGAGGAAUAACCUUGAUGCUUUACCUUGUGCUUUAAAAGUAGCUAUUACAUUACUGUGAAAAUCAUGUUGGCUAUAAAAGUAGCCACUACAUUAUUGUGAAAAUCAUGUUGGCUAUAAAAGUCAUGUUGGCUUUUAUCAUUAUGUAUAUAUUUUGUACAAAUUUUUAAAAAUUAUAUUUAUGUAAUACAGCAUUCCACUUGCCAAUAUUUUUGUUUGCCAUUAAAAUACAGUUACCCACCCAUUAAGAUACUGUUCCCACCUGAGUAUUCAGACUUUAUUUUUGCUGUAAAAGGAGAUGAACACUUACAAUGUUUCUUGGCUGUGACUGCAUUCUCUCUAUGAAGUUAUGUACUUGUAUGCUGCACUGAUUUUAGAUCAAUAUUUCAAUCAUACUAUCACCAAGACAUCGUCUUCAGUGCAGCCCCUAAAAUGUUAUUGUCUGUUUUAGUUGAGAUAGGUCUACGUUCAAAGAAUCAAUGAAAUGCUGAGCCAAAUUAGUGUGUAGAAUAUUAUACACAAAUUAUUAGUAAAAAGAGUAAAGUACCUCUUUCAGACCUUGCGAUCUAUAGGACAAGUGAUAUAAGCCAUCUGUUUCUGUGGCCCACAGUUAAGGAGGGUUUAAUGACCAGCCGCCUUUAUUUUUUAACCCUUAAAGUGCUGAGCUUUUUUACUAUGAGUGCAUACCAAAUGGAUUUACAAUGCUAGUGUUUAAAGGCUUAAUUACCAGACGUGUCUAAAGGGUUAACUAAUGUGCAUUAGAGUUGGGUAGACAGAGUUCCCUUAAAAUCUCAAAUUCAAAAUCCCAGUCUUCAUCUAACUUGAGACCCAUCAGUUGGGACACCUAGCAAUUUAAGACUCAGCUAUCAUGUCCCACAAAUUAUUAUCAUAUUACAUUAUUUUUUCUAUCAAUUUUAUCUUAUUUUUUGUUUUUUAGAGGAGAAAUGAAAUCUUUACAUGAAUGGUCUUGACAUUUCACAAAGAGUGCCAAUAUACUAAACAUUUUAUUGAUGAUUGUUAUUUUUCCAAGUACUUUCUUAUAGAUAAUGCUUCUGUUUUUUUUUUUAACUUACAGAAAAAAAAAUCCUUCUUGUCAUUCGGUUAUAUUUUACAUCAGUUUGACUUUGUGGAACAAGGUUAUGUUCAGUGGCAUAGCUUGACCACUUUAGGGGCCCCUGCAUUUUUCACGUGAGAUAAUUGGGUAAUAUUUAAUGUAAGAAGAAUUUUUAGAAGACUCAUUUGGGGGCCCCUCUGAAGUGGGGGCUCGGAGGAUUUUCACAUUCCUCCACCAUAGCUAUGCCACUGAUUAUGUUAUAUUAAGCAAGAUUUUGUUUCUCCUGAAUAAUAUUGACCACAUUGGUCAACUUGAUCUUUUAUAGUGUUGAAAUAACAUUCUGUUUGUGCCCAGGGUGAUCUAUUACUUACUUCAGCCAUGUUAAAGUUCUUGGGAUUUCUUAUUCAAAACUGGGAUUUUUAUUUUACCUGAAAAAAAAGAGGGAGGGGGGGGGGUUAGUGUUGAAAUAGUCCUGACAAAGAUCUUGUCCACUGACUAUAUGUUUGUUCUCUUACUUUUGUUGUAAAACUGACUUACAUGAGUGGGUCAGUUAGAAGGUUGUACUCCGUGUUGAAUAUCUGUGAUAGAUUAUUGUUGAUACAGUUGAAAGGUUAUUAUAAUCUUGUGUUCAGUAUCUGUGAUAGCUCUGAUGUUCAAAUUUGUUAUAUUUUUUGUAUGUAUUCUUAGUUAGCGAAUUAAUGAACCUAUUGAAUAAAAAUACUUGAAACAUAAA